ACCCUAAGUUCACUUUAAGAAAGAGAAAGAACAGCUAAAAGCUUUCUCAGUCUCAGUCACUUUAAGGAAGAGAUAGAACAGCCAAAAGCUUUCAGACAGCCUAUCCAAAUGUACUUUUUAUUUGAUAACUUUCAUUCUACUUAAACCUGUACAUUCAUGUUUUUGAUUGGGGAUUUAUUUUUGUACUGCGGUCAUCAAAUCCAUUUAGCCUUCAAUUUGGGAGUCCUUUACGGAACAUUGUUCUCAUUUCAAGUAUUGUGAGAGCCAAAUCUUUAUCGACACAUGAUGGAAGACGAACACAACGUCACGGUGGAUCCAGCCUGUUUGCAGGAACCACCGUUGGCUAUAGACGUGGUAACGGGGCUGGGGGUGUUUGGCACCGUCCUCUUCUCCAUGCUGACCCUCAUGUCAGUGAUGUCCCUGCUGCUCUAUCUGGAGCAGUGUGCGUACAUCUACAGGAAGCUGCCCUACCCCAAGAAGACCACGCUCAUGUGGGUCAAUGGAGCAGCGCCCGCAAUCGCCACCAUGUCCUGCUUUGGGAUGUGGAUGCCCAGAGCGGUGAUAUUCACGGAUAUGGUUUCCAACAGUUACUUUGCGGUGGUGGUGUACAAGGUGCUGGUGCUGCUCAUCGAGGAGUUCGGGGGCACCGAUGCGUUCCUCAAGCGUUACUCUGGAGAGACGUUCAAAAUCAGCGUGGGGCCGUGCUGCUGCUGCUGCCUGUGUCUCCCACGCGUCCCCCUCACACGGAGGCUGAUAUUCUGGAUGAAGGCGGGGACCCUCCAGUAUGCCAUCCUGAAGACAGCCAUGUCCAUCCUCUCUAUCAUACUGUGGACCAACGGGAACUUUGACCCGUCUGACAUGGAUGUUACCAGCCCUUCUAUUUGGAUCAAUCCCAUUGUGGGCGUCCUGACCAUCACGUCUCUCUGGCCCGUCGCCAUCAUGUUCAUGAACACCAACAACAAGCUGCGCAGCGUUAGGAUGGUCCAAAAGUACGCCCUUUACCAGCUGGUGCUGGUGUUGAGUCAGCUCCAGACCUCCAUCAUCAACAUCCUGGCUCUGAACGGGACCAUCGCCUGCUCCCCACCCUACUCCUCCCAGGCCCGCGGCGCGAUGCUGAGCCAGCAGAUGAUGAUCUGUGAGAUGUUCAUCAUCACUGUGGUCACCCGGUUCCUCUACCGCCGGACCUACGCCCCACUGCCCCUCGAUGGACAGGAGGACAACCAGCAGAACCAUCACGUCUGCCUGCAGGACACCAAACCUUACCAGGAGGCGGGAGACAUUUGAGGGAGAAGGAGACAUCACAGACAUACCUUACACUACCAUUUAACAUGGGCAUAUUCACCGUGCAGCCAUUUUGAUGACGAUGCGGAAUUUCGCAUUCAUUACCCCACCCAAAUAACGGUUAGAACCAAGAUGGCCACUAUGUUAAGGUAAUUCGAUUCCUGAAAUGAAAAACAGGGACGACAUUUGUAGUUUGGUGGUCAACAGAUCAAUAGAAUAUCAAAAAAGGCUACAUUUUGAAAGUUUAGCUUUUCCUAUGUCGUAAAUGUAGUACUGUAGUAAAUAUAAAUUGGGGAGUGCCCGCACAAUGGUUUAAUGUGCUGUUUUUUAAGCUUAGGUGAACCACCUAAAAACAAACAAGCUAGAACCUUUGCCAUUGAAAAAUCUUACAACAUGGACAUCUCUGGUGAAAGCCCAUGGAAGAGACAGGCUAGCAGAAACGGGAACUGUCCCUGGAGAAAAAGCACUCACCCGAUAGAUAGAUAGAUAGAUAUGGGCAAUUGUUUCUGUUUGUUCAGUAAAAUAACUGAUGGUUUUAUUUAAGGUUGACCAAUACCGAUGGUACUAGAAUACAGGCCUAUUUUUGUCAAAGUCCUUUGAAUGUAUUGUUUGGAAUGUCUCGAUUGGAGAUUUAUUUGAGAUCCUGUGUGUGUGUAGGUUUUGAUAUUAUGAUAU